AAAACGGCUCAUUAACCUUCAAAAAAUUUACUCUAUCGAAAUCAAAACAUCUCUCUUCUGCUUCUAUCAAUAGCCAGAUAAUAAAUCAUCUCAACUGUCAGUCAUCUUGAAUCACAUGCACGGAAUUAUCCUCUUCCAUCGCCAUCGUUUUUUUUUUAUUUUACGCUCGUGAUAUUUAUUACUCAAUCCGGUGAAAUAUUAAAAAUUAAAUUUGUUUAGUAGUUAAAUAUUUAAAUAAACUAAAUUAUGAGUGCUGGUAUAAAAACAACGGAAGUGGAUUGUGAUGAUCCUAAAUAUCGUAUAAAACCUUAUCAACAAAUGGUUGCAUCAUGUACUGGUGCACUUGUUACUUCAGUAUUUGUUACACCACUGGAUGUCGUCAAAACACGGUUGCAAGCUCAACAAAAAGCCAUGUUGUCAAAUAAAUGUUUUGUGUACUGCAAUGGGUUGAUGGAUCAUCUGUGUCCUUGUAAUGGAAAGUUACCAGCAUGGAUGAGAGAAAAUGGAAAAUUUACUGGCACGAUUGACGCGCUGGUUAAGAUUUCAAAACGAGAAGGUUUUUUUUCACUGUGGAGUGGACUGAGUCCGACUCUAGUCCUCGCUGUACCUGCGACUGUUGUAUAUUUUGUAUCUUACGAGCAGUUACGACUGAACCUAAAGGAUUAUUAUAAUAGAAAGUAUAAUAAAGAUGCUGUGAAUAAAGAACAGCCUUUUUGGAUACCGAUCCUGGCGGGAGGCACAGCUAGAAUUUGGGCUGCGACGUUGGUUAGUCCGUUGGAACUCAUCAGGACUAAGAUGCAAUCUCAGAAAUUAAGUUAUAGAGAAAUCGGAGAAGGAUUAAAAACAGUUGUCAAAUACGGCGGAGUAUCAGGACUAUGGAUGGGUUUGAGUUCGACUUUAUGUCGUGACGUACCAUUUAGUGCCAUUUACUGGUGUAAUUAUGAAGCUAUUAAAAAAAUUAUCCCACCUGCACAACAUACAUUUUCCUUUAAUUUUAUGGCUGGCGCGUUGGCUGGUUCCAUCGCAGCAUUUUUGACGAUUCCUUUUGAUGUCGUUAAGACUCACCAACAAAUUGAAAUGGGAGAAAAAAGAAUUUAUACUGAAAAACCAGGAAGUAAUAAUAACAGCAGCUUUACGAAUAUUGUUAAAAGAAUUUAUCGGCAAAAUGGAAUCCAGGGUCUUUUUACUGGACUGACACCACGAAUUAUCAAAGUAGCACCAGCUUGUGCCAUAAUGAUUGCUAGCUUUGAACAUGGAAAACGUUUCUUUUCACAAUACAACCGCGCUUUAGCUUACGAAGAGGAGCUCAAACGAAAUAAUAUAAAUUUAUGAAAAUAAUAAUAAAUAAAAAUAUGUAGAGUAUAUUUUAGGCUAAUGACUUUAUGUAUAAAUAAUAUAAUAAAUAUUUCAUAUUCUAUUA